AUGAAGAUGAGUGCAUCUGAACCUAUACAUCAGCAACGCCAACACUUGGGGCGGCCCUCCCAGUCAACUUCGGGCCCGUUUGGAUAUCCUUUAUUUAACAUCGACACGCCCUAUGACGAAGCUCCCGCGCUUCCACCGGGGCCCUCUCUCCUCGAUGACACUGAAUCCAACAUGCUGAACAAUUUCUUCACGUCGAUGGACGCAAAUCAUCUGGAUGGCAAUGACUUCUUGUUCUCCCUAGGGGACCAGAAUAAACCAGGUGCCAACUUUGGUUUUGAGUGGGCAGAGGAGCUUCCUCCUAAUUUCGAGGGCUCAACGACCUCCCUGGGACCCUACCCCGCUUUCGCGAAUGGAAUACACGAAGAGGGAAUUCACAUGAGCAAGAUAUCCCCACACAGUUCGGAUGUGAUAGCGGCAGCAUCCAUGCUCUACCAGAAAAAUAAUGUCAUAAAUUCACACGAUUACGUUCCUGGCCAGGUGUUUAUGGGAAACGACCAUGAUAUCCACGGAAACAGUGGUUUGAAAGCUAAGAAUUCCUUCCUGGCUCCCCGCUUCGUCGACCCGCUACCUCAAGGGCCUUCCCCCAAGGAUCUCUCUCUCUUCAAAGGAUUUCAUACUGCCAAAAUGUAUUUUGACGUCGAACAGCAGCUGCAUCCGGAAGUGCAGCAGAGAAUCAGUACACUGAGAUGGGGCUCAGAUGCUGGCUUUUCACAACGACGGUAUCACGCCCCGCCAAACCAACCUAGCGAGGAAGAUCGCACCAAAGACCUACUUCAGAGCCUGGAUUGCCUAGAAGCGCAGAGCAGCGCAGCAAACACACGACAUCCCUCCCCAAGCCGACGAUCACUCGAUCACGGAGUUGUGGCUGCCCCCGAAUGGACUCCCCUGGUUAAUGGCAAUGGCAAUACAAAUGGUGUGAAAGCGCUUUUGCCGGCGAACGAUCUAAGGCAAGAAGCUGAAGAAGGGCAAGAUGAUGAUAGUGCGAGACCCAAGAAGCGGCGAAAGAGCAAGAAUCGGAUAAAGGACGAGGAAGAUGUGGAGGCUGACUUGCCCAAUAACACCAAUAACGACAUCAGAGAGUCUAAUAAUAGUACCAAUGGUAGCCAAUCGUCCAGACCUCGACGCUUCUCUUCCAGCACCGAUACAUCACUUCAUCAUCACCAUCGAAAGCCAAAGGCACAGGGUAAACCGCGCGAAAAUCUUACAGAGGAGCAGAAACGCACCAAUCACAUUCUUUCCGAGCAGAAGCGGAGAAAUCUCAUUAAGCAGGGCUUUGAUGACCUCUGUUCUCUCGUGCCUGAGUUGCAUGGCGGUGGCUUUAGCAAGAGUACCAUGCUCAUCCAGGCUGCGGAAUGGUUAGAGGACCUUCUGCGGGGGAAUGAGAUAUUGCGGAUUCAGUUGGAUGAGCUGAAGAAGAGAUCAACGAUGGAUACGGCUUAA